ACUCCAGGAAACAAUUGAAGUUCAUAAUUAGCUUUGAACUUUCAAGUCAUGGCUAGUCCUUCAAAGCUUUUCCUGUCCUUGUUUCUCCUUUUUCUCUUCAACCCCGCAAAUGCUCAGGGGCUGAAAGUCGGGUUUUAUGAAAAAACAUGCCCUAGUGUUGAGCUCAUUGUGAAGAAGGUUGUUGAUGACACCAUGUCAAAGGCUCCUUCACUUGCUGGCCCUUUAUUGAGAAUGUUUUUUCAUGAUUGCUUUGUUAGGGGUUGUGAUGGUUCUGUUCUGUUGAAUUCACCUACAAACCAAUCUGAAAAGAAUGCAUUCCCAAAUCUAAGCCUUCGAGGUUUCCAAAUCAUCGAUAGAGUGAAGUCUGCACUAGAGAAAGCGUGUCCUGGAGUUGUUUCAUGUGCUGAUAUUGUAGCCCUAGUAGCUAGGGAUGUGGUGGUUUUGCGCAAGGGACCAUCCUGGGAAGUCGAAACGGGGCGAAGAGAUGGAAGGAUAUCAAAUCUAACUGACGCCUUGCUAAAUCUGCCAGCUCCUACAUCUAACAUCUCCCAAUUGAUAACAAGUUUUCAACAAAAAGGUCUAAGUGUAAAAGACCUUGUAGUGUUGUCAGGUGGACACACCAUUGGAACAUCUCAUUGCACUUCCUUCAGCAACCGCCUUUAUAACUUCACUGGGAAGGGUAUUAAUAAUGAUUCUGAUCCUACCUUGGACCCCAACUACAUUGUAAGGUUGAAGGCUAAAUGUAAGCCUACAGAUCAGACUACUCUUGUGGAGAUGGAUCCAGGGAGCUUCUUGACAUUUGACAAUGAUUAUUACACGCUGGUCUCGAAAAGGAGAGGACUAUUCCAAUCAGAUGCAGCUCUCCUCAACAAUGGGGAGACUAAAGCUUAUGUUAGGCUGCACGCAACUAGUCAGGGAGGUAGUUUCUUCCAGGACUUUGGUGUUUCCAUGGUAAACAUGGGAAGAAUUGGGGUUCUUACAGGAGCACAAGGUGAAAUCAGGAAAGUUUGUUCUAAGGUUAAUUAAGGGGCAGAAUCUGAACGCUUGAAGAGAGUUGCAAAAUCCAGAAUUGUUUCUAAGUUUGAAGAGUCAUAUUCUCAAGUACACAUUCCUCGUGGAAUUGUAUGAACGAGUGCUGUCAUUUAUUUACCAUUUUGUGUUCAUUUUCAGAGUGGGAAAGGAAAAUAAUGAGGCUUUCAAUCUUGUGGAUUUACCGUUGAGAAAUAAAAAAACAUUGAGGUU